CUUAGUCUACCUACCUUUCGUUAAGCUCAAAACCAAUAUUUAUUUAUUUCUCUUAUUAAAAUCUCUUCACUUUGUACCUUUCAGAUGGCUGGCAGUGGGGAUCCCAAGUGGCAGAAGGAUGCGGCCGAUCAAAAUUUCGAUUAUAUGUUCAAGCUACUGAUAAUCGGCAAUUCAAGUGUGGGCAAGACAAGUUUCCUAUUCCGUUAUGCCGACGACAGUUUCACCUCAGCUUUUGUGUCAACGGUGGGCAUUGAUUUCAAAGUGAAAACUGUGUUUCGACAUGAUAAGCGUGUUAAGCUGCAGAUAUGGGAUACAGCGGGUCAAGAACGCUACAGAACAAUAACCACAGCAUAUUAUCGUGGCGCCAUGGGUUUCAUUCUAAUGUAUGAUGUCACAAAUGAGGAGAGUUUCAAUUCUGUACAAGAUUGGGUUACUCAAAUCAAGACAUAUUCCUGGGACAACGCACAAGUGAUACUUGUCGGCAAUAAAUGCGACAUGGAAGAUCAACGAGUGAUCUCAUUCGAACGCGGCCGACAAUUGGCCGAUCAGUUGGGUGUAGAAUUCUUCGAGACAUCAGCCAAAGAGAAUGUGAAUGUGAAGGCUGUUUUCGAGCGGCUGGUGGAUAUAAUAUGCGAUAAAAUGUCCGAGAGUUUAGACUCGGAUCCGACGUUAGUAGGCGCUGGGCAAAAGGGGCAACGACUGACAGAUCAACCUCAAGGCACGCCCAAUGCGAAUUGUAAUUGUUAAAUAACAAAUCCAGAACACAAACACAAACAUAUACACAUUUACACAAACAUCUAUAUAGAGACAUUUGAACAAAUAUAUAUAUAUAUAAUACAUAUACAUACACAGCAUAUAUAUAUA